AUGUUAAACGGGAAUACACCACUGACAGCUGCAAGUAGGGCAGGAUAUGUGAGUGUGAUACAUGAGCUGGUGAAUGUGGGGGCUAAUGUCAAUCUACAGGAUAAUUCCGAGAAUACACCACUCACAGCAGCACGUAAGGCAGGACGUAUGCUUGUGAUACAGGAGCUGGUGAAGAUGGGGGCUGUUGUCAAUCUACAGUAUAAUCCAAGGAAUACACCACUCACUGCUGCAAGUAAGGCGGGACAUGUGAGUGUGGUGGAGGAGCUGUUGAAGGUGGGUGUUGAUGUCAAUCUACAGGAUAAUCCCGGGAAUACACCAUUCACAGCUGCAAGUAAGGCAGAACAUGUGAGUGUGUUGAAAGUGCUGGUGAAGGUGGGUGCUGAUGUGAAUCUACAGGAUAAUCCCGGGAAUACACCACUCACAGCUGCAAGUAAGGCAGGACAUGUGAGUGUGGUGGAGGAGCUGGUGAAGCUGCAAGUAAAGGAGGACGUGAUUGUGGUGGACAAGCUGGUGAAGGUGGGGACUGAUGUCAAUCUACAGGAUAAUGACGGGAAUAGUCCUCUGAAAGCUGCAAGUAAGGCAGGACAUGUGAGUGUGGUGGAGGAGCUGGUGAAGGCGGGAGCUGAUAUCAAUCUACAGAAUUAUGACGGGGAUACACCACUGACAGCUGCAUGUGAGUUAGGGCAUGUGAGUGUGGUAGUAGAGCUUGUGAAGGCAGAGGCUGAUGUCAAUCUACUGGAUAAUGAGCUGGUAAAGGCGGGGGCUGAUAUCAAUCUACAGGAUAAUGACGGGAAUACACCUCUGACAGUUGCAUGCGAGGGAGGACAUCUGAGUGUGGUGGAGGAGCUGUUGAAGGUGGGGCGAAGAAGAGCUCUGGAACAUGUUCACAAAUGA